UACCAACACCUGUGUGUGUUUAUUUAAACAUUAUUGUCUAGUAAAUAAGAUGGAAAUGACCAACAUGUCAAAAUCUAUUGCAAGUUUUUAGAUUGUUCAGGUCAGAAAUCAUUGUACACAUCAUAAUAUUCACUCAUUACAGCAUACAUGACUUAAGCAAAGACUUAGUAAAAUACUGCACAAAUCUAUCAUGUCAUUUGUCAACGGUCAGUUUUCAGAGUUUAUAGAAAAUAAAGGUUAUUUUUCCAUUUCCGUGCUGAAACAAUUGGUUAAGAAAUGCAAAAAUACACUGAAAAGCUUAAAGAUAAAAGGAUAAUCUGUGUGUAAAUGAACUGAAAUCAUCCUUUGAUCUGACUUUUUUUUAUUCUCUGAUUUCUAUGUCGAGAUUUCUCACAGAUUUUUUUUCACAAUGACCGUUGAAAUGUGGCUGCUUGCCGUUUCGGCGCCGCUGCUUCCCGCCAUCGUCGCCGUGUCCAGUCGCUACGGCGACAAAGUUUCCACGCUGUGUCACCGAGCUGUGGCCUGGCUGCUGAGGUUGGUGCGAGGCGGCGUGUGCGCGAGGAGGACACACGCCUUUGUCUUCUCCAGCUGCACACACGGCAACGUCCACAGCGUCCUGGAGACCUUUGACCUCUAUGCUGACACUCACGCCUCUGCAGCCAUUGGUCCAGAGACUGGUGAGGUGUUGGAUGACGUGGUAAAGCGUGUCCGUCCGUCCCGAGUGUUGGAGCUGGGGACGCACUGUGGCUACAGCUCAGUCCGCGUGCUGCGUCUGCUGCCCCCUGCUGGCAGACUGGUCACAGUGGAGCUGGACCCUCUCACAGCAGAUUUGGGAGAGGAGAUCAUCCUGGUGGCAGGUUUCAAACACGCUCAGUUCCAGGUGUUGACGUCCAGCUCAGCUGAGGUCAUCCCCACACUGCACUCAGUCCUGGAACCCGCUCAGAAGAGCAGUGAUGGCUUCAGCCUGGUGCUCAUGGACCACGAUGCACAGCAGUUUCUCCCAGACCUGCUGGCUCUGGAGGAAGAGGAGCUGCUCUGCUCCUCCGGCUGCUCCGUCCUGCUGAUCAACAGGAGACAAAGAGCCGAGGAUCUCAGGGAAAUCCUGGAUCAUGUCAGAGUGAGACCGGACUGCUUCUGCGUGAAGAUGGAGCGUCCGUGCGUCGUGGAAAUCUUUUACCAGAAGGACAAGGCAGGAUUAUAAAGUCUGUGGAUUUUAAAACACUUUAUACAAACUGGCAAAUAAAUAAAAAUGUUUUUUUGUCUUUGUCUACGGCAACCAUUGGAAGUUAUUGAUACCAGUGAAACAACUGAUUCUUAAAUAAGUAGUAAUCAGAUUAAGAUUAUGGAGUUUUCUGAUUUCAAUCACACAAUGUAGAGCAAUAAAUCCAGAGCUUUUUAUAAAUGGAGCCACUUUAUAAAAAUGACCUAUUUUACAAACUAAAUCAUGACUAGGCCAAAUUUGAGCAGAACAUAACAUGUAACUCUUCAAUUUCUGUAAUAUUUCAUAUUCUGAAUUGAUAAACCAAACAUUUUCAAGAAAUCUAACAUCUCACACGACACAAGAUUCUGACACAGUCUCUGUGAUUGACGGAUGUAGACUAUAUUCACCUUAAUCAGAUUAAAAUCCUACUGGAGUUUUCACAGUAGUGGACGUAAUGAAGCUGUGAGUCACACUCGGACAAUAAUUACUCUGUGAUAUUUAAACAGGAAUAUGAAAGGAAUGAUCAAUUAGCAACUCAUGUAAAUAACAUAAUCUGAAACAUGGCUUGCUUAAGCGUGGCUACGUCGUGUUACAGCUUUGUUUCCGACCGCUGAGGUUGCCGCGCGCCAUAAAAGGAAACAAGAACUCCUAACCUUCACCCCUCACGUGUAUUUAUGUUAUAUGAAUAAUUACUACAACCAAAAAUAACAUUCUUGUUAUUUAAAAUCCCCCCAAAACAAUUCAGGUUUACUCUGCAUGCACGUUUAUGACGUCACAAACAAACUUAGAUUGAAAAGGUCGCUUGGCAACAAACUGUAACAGAUGUAACACUGCAGAGUAGCCACUAGAUGGCAUGCUCUGCUUUUUUAAAGGAAUACAAACUGAAGCAUUUUCACUGGAUCGGUCUCAUGUGUCUUUAAAGGGCAAUGCCCCCUUUUUUAAGAGCUCUCACCUCACCACGCUCAGAAAUGUCAGCCUUUGGAUUUGAUGUCAUAGCUCCUGAUCUGUUGAUGAUGAGGUGGAUGAUCCACAGCUGUUUACCCCUGACACACACUCCACUCCCCCUGUGCAUGCUGCAUUAGUCACUUCCACACACCUAU